CUCAGUGUCUCUCAGUGAGCAGCACACACAACAGACAGAGACAGAUUUCAGACGCGGCACUGACACCAGAUCGGACCUACAACGAUGAAGAUGCCUCAACUUCUCAUCCUCCUCGUGACCAUUUUGGUGCACGCAGCAGUUGGUUUCCCCACUGACAGGAGGGGCCGGGAGAAACAGGCCUCGUGGGACGAUGUGAACGUGGUGGCCCACGGCCUCCUCCAGCUCGGCCUGGGGCUCAAGGAGCACGUGGACAAGGCCAAAGCCCAGAUGAGCGACAUCAACACCAAACUGAAGGCCUUCAACGGCACGGUGGCCGAGCUGGAGAGGAAACAGCGGGAGCAAGAUGAAGCUCUGAAGGCCAGAAGUGCGGGGCUGGAGGAGAGUCAGAAGCUGGCGGAGCUGGCUGAGGAGGUGAAGAAGCAGACAGCGGAUUUAAACUCCAGGAUGGACUGGCUGCAGGGAGCGCUUACAGAGAGGAUGCUGGACAGCAACGACAGCGGUCACUCAGGAGUCCCAGUGAUCCAGUUGCUGCUGGCUCAGAACAAACGCGUGGACCAGCUGGAGGAGAAGCUCAAGCUGCAGCAAGACAAACUGGAGAAGCAGAGUCUGCAACUACAAGCACUGCAGAACAAGAUUUCGCAUAAGAGAGUAAAGGCGCACAGGAGGAAACACGAAGAGAUGGCACUGAGGGGCGAGGCUCAGCAGAUCCACACAGAAUCAGGUUUGACCGGAGACGGUGAUGAUCUCCUCCUACGUAGGCAGCGAGCCAGCAGAGACAGGAGGAGCAGGAGGGAGCAGCUCAAGAAGCAGGCGGCAUCCUUCUCCACGGCCACAGAGCGAGAGAGCAACUCUCUGAACGCCGGUCAUCUAAAAAUGACACCGCCAUCCCCGAACCAUUAAAGCAGAGCGCUAAAGAGAGAAUGACUUUAACUUAAACGCUGAACUACUGAAGGACUGAAACCAGAGUGUUUACACGCACAUCAUUGCUCUGUGCUGAUUCACUGCAGGGUCAGACACAUGGAUGCUAUGCCAUGCUAUAACUCAUUGUCUCAUUGGACAUGUUCAGUCAUAUUGACGAGUGUAACUUUUUUCCCUUUGUAAGGGAUUUAUCCAAUUGUUUUGUUUUGUACUUAAAUAAUGUGCAGUUUCUUAUUUUAUGGAUUUGUACAAAACUUUGAAUAUUUUAUAUGAAGCGGAUGAAAAUAAAACUUUUAAGUUUACCUUA